AUUCACAUCCAUGCCAAACCAGCGGGUCAACAUUGUCUUCUACACUGCCUCCUAUGACUCUUACACCUCCUGCUGAGCCGGACCCGGAACUAAAGAUGAACUGGGCAUCGUUUUAUGCAGUCAUCAGCGGUGUGAACAGACACUCCACAGGCAUUGGUCGUAUCUGGAUCUCUGUCCUGUUCAUUUUCCGAAUCCUGGUUCUGGUGGUUGCAGCAGAGAGCGUGUGGGGUGACGAGAAGUCCGGCUUCACCUGCAACACCCAGCAGCCGGGCUGCAACAGCGUCUGCUACGACCACUUCUUCCCCAUCUCCCACAUCCGCCUCUGGGCACUCCAACUCAUCCUGGUCUCCACUCCUGCGCUGCUUGUAGCCAUGCACGUGGCCCACCGCCGCCACGUCGACAAGAGGCUCUACAAACUCUCAGGGCGGACCAACCCCAAAGACCUGGAGCAGAUAAAGACUCAAAAGAUGAAAAUCACAGGGGCUCUCUGGUGGACGUACGUCAUUAGCCUGUUGUUCCGUAUUGUCUUAGAAGUAAUCUUUAUGUAUUUGUUUUAUAUGAUCUACCCUGGUUACAAGAUGAUCCGGCUGGUGAAGUGUGACUCGUACCCCUGUCCCAACACAGUGGACUGCUUCGUGUCGAGGCCCACAGAGAAGACUGUCUUCACUGUGUUCAUGCUGACUGCGUCAGGGGUUUGUAUUCUGCUCAACAUUGGAGAAGUGGUGUUCUUGGUAGGGAAGGCAUGCAGUAAGCAUUUGCACACUGCUGGAGACUCGACUAUGGGGGCAUGGAUCCAACAAAAGCUCUGCUCGUUCUAA